GAUGGCAGCGCUCCUGUGUAUGUGGUGAAAAAAGGCGGUACCGGCUGAAAUUAUUUCCCUUUUUAAGAAUUUGUGAGCUGUUCCUUGCAGAUUUUGAGAGCAACUACAUUGAACAUUCAAGGUUGGAUUAAAAGGUUCAGCAGUAAAGGAUGAUACGUACAUACGGGUCCAUUCCACUAAUGUUCAACAGGAUCCUGUGAUCAACAAGAAAAAGCCACUACCGCCAGCGCCACAAGUGAAUCACAGUACGCCAACCCAACCAGCUGUCAACCGAGACAAAGACAUCGUCGUCGCCAAGAAAGCACAACAAGUAGAAAGCAUCCCAUUGGUCAGUUCAUCUCAGGAGGUCCAGGAAGAUGACACUUGUAAAGUAGAGGUACGAGAGAAGUCUAACUCAUUCUUAGACGAGGCAACGGAUGAGAUUGAACCGGAAUGGACUAUUCUCGAUGCGGAUGAAUUUACCCCAGAGUACCCAGAGUUGGUGAGACUGCGAGACCACGAUCAAGACGAUAACGAUUGGCCGAGACCAAACGCUUCAGGCUCUUGGGAAUUGUUAUAUAACAUGGCUGCUGCUGAAGUGACCCAGCCAGAGGUUGCAGGAGAUGUGACAGUUGAUGGCCAAGGUCCCCAGGAGAUUGACCCACAGGAUGGAUUAAGAGACAGUGAAGAAGAUGAACUAGAUGCAGGCUCUCAAUUAGAAGACCAAGGCAGUGCUAAGAAGAAGAAGUUCAAGCCUUGGAAGUCACUACGCAACUUCUUUAAGAAGAAACGACUUGAAAAGGAGGAAGGAGAGACGGAGGAUAGCCUUGGGGCUAAAUCAAAGUCAGUAGGGGAACUUCAUCAGGUUGAAACUGAUGAAGAGGGUGCAGAAGGUAAUCUGACCACAUCACCAGGUCUCGUACCCCUAUCUAAGGUCAUCAGUGUGUCUGAAGAUAGUGUCUUCAGUCCAGAUAAACCAGCUCCAACCAAGGAAGAAGUACGCACCUCAGCUGAAAUGAAUAUCUCACAUGCAUUCACUAGCGAGCUGAAUGACAAACUUAAACGACGGUCAGGUGGUCCAGAGGAUGUUCCACCAAAGGCUGUCAAACGGGGCUCUACUCAAAAGACACCAGAACCCAAACCACCAGAGCCUAAACCUGCCUCUAGGGACAGCAAAAAGAGACAGAGUGGCGGAAUCAGCAAAGAUGAGCUCUCGGCACGUUCUAGAAAACAUCCCAGCAGUACAAAGAGAUGGAAGAGUUUCUCAGCAGCUACCUAUGAAGAAAGGAAAAGUGAGGUCCAGCAGGAGGAGGACAAGAACAAGACUAAAGUCCAGAUCACUCCAGCUACGCAAGGGGUUGUUCCCUCAGAUAAUACAGCAGAGUUUGACUUUGACUCUCUGAGCAGCACCAAACUCCUUGAAAAUACAGCAGCCAAACAUCGGAUCUCAAUCGCACCAAGGGCAAGAAGAGCAACAACAAGAGCUGGAAAUCGACCAUCACCUCGGCCACACACGACCCAUGACACCAUUCCUUUUAAGACAGAGACACCGAGUGAGUUGGCCCACCCUGAACCUACCCCAAAGAGACCUAAAUCAGCCCCCUUAAACAUCAUCCAUCAUCCACGCCCCUCCUCUAGCCCCCCACCCCUCCCUACCACACCCAUCCCCUCGAAGAGAACAUCCACAAUAAAACUUGAAAAAUCAAACUCGACUGAAACUCAGAAAUCAGCCACCAUUCCUAGAGCCAAUGAAAUCCCUAAAACUAAACGUCCCCCACCUAUUAAACUACCCCGUCCACCCUCUUUAGGCCCUCUGGUGCUCCCACCCAUUAAAUCCUGCCAUAAUCUUAGAGGUGGCCUCAAGCCGACCCCAUUUCGGUCCAAAUCUCUUGGUGAGACUCCGAGUGAAGCCAUGUCUCCAGAGAGAGAGAAUGCUGACGUUGAACCCAAGAGUCUUGAGUCAUUGAUAACCACUGAUGAUUCAGAAUCAUUGCAAGGGAGAAAAUCACCAGUGUCACCAAUCUCACCACCAGUAAAGGCCAAGCCAGUCAGCAGAAAGGAGAGCAAAGAACGUAAACCUCACAAGUUUUUGUUCACCAAGAAGGAUGAUCCCAAGCAUAAGGAGAAGGAAGAUGAAAGUAAACAUGAGGUGGUUUCGCCGUUGAAGAAAGAGCCAGAAUCCGUCAAGGAGAGACCUUCUUCUCUUGAAGUAAAACCCAAGAGAGGUGUUUCAUCACCGAAAGAGAUCUCAUCUCCUAAACAAGUAUCUUCACCAAAAGAAGUUUCUUCCCCCAAAGAAUUUUUAUCUCCUAAAGAGGUAUCAUCCCUGAAUGAAGUGCCAUCGCCUAAAGAGGUAUCGUCCCCCAAACAGGUAUCAUCCCCGAAAGAGGUUUAUUCCCCCAAACAAGUGUUAUCCCCAAAGGAGGUAUUGUCCCUCAAAGAGGUAUCGGCUUCUAAAGAAGUUUCAUCUCCUGAAGAGGUAUCGUCCCCAAAAGAGGUAUCAUCCCUAAAAGAGGUGUCACCCCCAAAAGAGGUGUCAUCUCCCAAAGAAGUUUCAUCUCCCAAGGAAGUAUCUUCCCCAAAAGUACUUUCUGCCCCAGAGAGAGCUGCUUCUCCUCAAGGUUCUCAAGUUUCCCCAACUACAGAAUCCUUACCAUUGUUUGUUGGAUCUCCCAAGCGAGCGGUAUCUCCAACAGAUGAAAUCCAAUCAGAAGAAUUACCAUUUCCUGAACAAGCAGGCGAGCCAGAGGAGAUCACAUUCCCUACGGAGGUAGAAGCCUCCGUUGAGGAAUCAACCCAGAAGGAGGUAGAUUCUCCAGAGGAAGCCAAUAUUGCAAAAGAACUGUUUCCUACAGAUGGAGAGUCUUCUGAAUCCAAAGAAGUCAUCUCUGAAGAGGUUUCAUCUCCAGAAAAGAGACAGUCGCAGAAUGAGCCAAAAAUGCUGGACAAUGCUGAAGCAAUUUCUUCACCAACUCAACAAAAGUCUGGGGAUUCUAUGGCAAAGCCUGAGGAGCCUGCAAAGACUAAGCCAGCUGGACCUAAAAAGGGUAAUGUGAGAGCUAACAUGCAGCUGUUUGAGCCCAAGGCAGCGGCCUCAAAGCCAGCUGUCAGUGAUAGCAGUAGUAGGCCAGUUAAGAGAUGGUCUAAAGCCAACUCUCAGCAGUCAUCUUUUGAAGAAUCAUCCUCUUCUAAAUCUGAGCCAACAAACACAAACAGUCACGAUGAAGAGGUCAAUAAGAAACCCAGUUGGAAGAAGCCUUCAUCACCUCCUAAACUUCUAAGGACCCCGGAUCCUGUCAAAUCUAAACAGAAAUCAGAUUCCUUUGAGGAGGAAGAAGAAGAAAAAGAAGAGAGACCUCUUAGCUUGAAGGAUCGCAUCUCAAAGUAUCAAUCAGGGGUUACUAAGACAGAAACGACCAAUUCACCUGGAAAGACAACCCCUUCAUGGAAAGCCAGAUCUAAUAGCAGUAGAGAUGAGCCACUUAAAGCUACAAAUAAACAGACACCAUUGAAGGAGGCUAAUCAGCAGGUAUCAUCAGAGAAGCAGGUCAUUAUUGAGGUAGCUGAUCCAGAGAAGCCAGCACCCACACCAAGGAAGAAGACUGGAGGUAGUCAGAAUGUAACGCCAGCUCCAGACACCAGUACAGAGGUUGACAAAGAGAAGCAAGUUCCGUCAAAUCUCUCAUCCGACAAUUCCAGCCAGGACAAAGGGGUCAACAGCAGCCCGUCCAGGUCUAGUAGUUUGAGUAAACCACAAAGCAACACUACACCCAUUAAGGAUAAGAACACAACACAAGGCAAUACCACAUCUUCCUCAUCAACCAAGCCUUCUCCAAAGAAACGUGGCUUCAUCCCUAAGACAGAACACUGCAUCGUCUGCCAGCGUCCUGUCUACAUGACUGAGAUGGCUAAGGCUGAGGGUAAGACGUUUCACCGAGGCUGCCAGAAGUGCAAAGAGUGUCAACGCUCCUUGGUGAUCGGCAAUUUGCUCUUAGUGGACGGUCAAAUCUUCUGCAAACUCCAUGGCACACAGAUGAAGAAUAAACUGUUGAAGUUGAGGCUUGAGAUUGAAUGAGUAUAAGAAGGGUAAUGAAAGGUGGUAGGAGUAUGUAAAUUUAUGCAAAUGAUGGUGUUUUGUAUCCCUGUGUACUUAUUCUAGUGUUUGUAUUUUGUGGUAGUUAAUGAGACAUUUUUGGUGAAAGGAAAGGGGAAUUUUGCAUAACAUUUAAGUUAAUAAUUUGUUUUAAUACUAUGGCUGGUUCAUUGAAAGAUUCAUCACUAAACCAGGUGUCAUUGGUUUCCUCAUCUUGCUGUAUUUUCAAGCGGAACUAACUCGUCAAGUAAUUGAGAUGAAUAAUAGGCAAUGAUAACAGUGCUGGUAUCUGCUGAGUGCAAAGUAUAAUGCCAUUACCCUGGUCAUACAUUGAACCAUCUCAGCUCCCUAGAAAGCAUGCAGUCUAUGCUGCCAAGCAUUUAGUGCUUCACACAAAAGCAUCUUAGCCCUCACAGGUAACCCUUUGCUCCUGGCUGAAGAGAAGGUCACAAUUAUCAUGAGUGGGAAUUGAACCCACACUCUUACAUGAUGCAUGGAGAUUCGUUCCUUCCCUUUGCUUGUUUGAGGCAUAUUUGAGAACCAGAUAAAGUUGUUUUCAAUCAUUUUUGUAACCCAAAUUCUUUUAAUCUAUGACUCUUUAUUUGAUGUAUUUUUUUUAAACAAACCAAUUUUGAAAUAUGCUUGUUUGAGGCAUUUGCUUGUUUGAGGCAAUGCUUCUUGGUCACAAUUAUUCAGCAACACAAUGUUGUAUUGUGUCCCUCCUGGAUGUUGUUAGUUCACUGGCUUUCAUGUCCUGCUGUUUAGAAUCCACAUUCAUAUCAAGCCGGAUGAGGUAAAAGGUUAAAAUGACAAAUAAAGUCAAAGUAACUAAAUUUUGUAUAAUAGAAAAUUGUGAUUUGAGAUCCAGAGAAGUUGUUUUCAGUCAUUUUUAUCUAUUUUUUUUAAAAGGUGUAUUCAAAGUCGUCAACUCAUUUUCAUGCAAUAGUCUUUAAAAAUGUCUCAUUUAAAGCAGUUUAUUUUAUCAUUUUUAGCAACCAUUUUUAAUUGAAGGGUGAAGAAUACGUCCUAAAGCAGUGUUUAUGACAUCAUAAAGUGCCCAGAUUGUGUUGGAUAUUUGUUUUAGUUUGGUGAUAUUUUAGUAAAAUUACUGGAGAGCAGUUAAUACUUUAAAAAUUAAAGUAUUUUAUUUCAUUUAACAUGACCUGUAUCAUGGUCUUUAUUGCAAGGUUAAAUACAGCAGUCAUCCUGUGGUCUUCUUGUUAUUGAGGGCUCAAUUACAUUCAUGCGGUAAGGCGUAGAAACUCCUUUACUCAGAAGCAUCUUGCUGCAAGCCGAAGCAGGCAAAACACAAUGUUGUGUAUUAUUGUUUGUGAUAGGUUCACUACUUCAACUUGCUCACCAGAAAUACUGAGCACAUUUACCUGCAGUUUUAUGAAAUUUUGCCUUGUUCUCUAACUGGUUUAACAAAUGGUUUAAACCUAUUCC